CGGAUAUUGCUUUGAGUUGCAGCCUAAAGAUGAAAUGUGUUGGAAAUUUAAUGUUUCUUUGCUGCAUUCCCCGCUUCAAAUAUCUGAUCAAAGUGUUCAGUAAAGCAUUGCGUCAUUGGUUCUGCGCCUAAGUCUUUAUUUUGAAGGGGCAAACAGGAACAUCCUCCCCUCUCCCAGCCGGUCUGUCUUGACGGCAGCACCGCGCAGCUCCUACUUCACAGACAGCCGGCGGAGGAGAGGCACCAGUCCGAGUUGGUUGAGUCGAGGCGACGAAACACACCGACUGACAUCCGCGCCGGAGAGCACCGAGGAGCCGCGUUCAGUGCGUCCAGCCCGCCGCCUCCACGCCGCGCCGAGCACCGCAGGAUGAACGCACUCCGGAGCUUUGGACACUGUGGGCAGCAGCGCGCAGUGGAAAACGGGAUUUAGUGGAGAAGUUGGCGUUCGCGGCGGCGGUGCCCGAGCCGAGGACUCUCGCUGUCAGGUCGUGAGGGGGAUUUCUGACUUCUUUUUUUUCCACUGUCGACAAACUGCUCCGAGCGCGCGGACUUACGGGAUUUUAAAGAAGUUUUGUGGGUUUUUCCGAAGUUUACAGGAGAAUAACGACUGAUUUUCUUCUGCUGAAUGCUUGGUGACAUCUGAAAAGCUGAUAUUUACUGUCAAAACGGGAUACUUUGGGUCGGCGGUGGAGAGCUGUUGGACGGUUUCUUGCGGCGUCGGAGGCCGCCCUUCUACAGGACAGCAUGCGAACAGAGGAUGUUGUCUGAGUUGGGCCUUGCUGCUCUGCGUCUCACCUCGCCGUCCAGAGGAAUGACGGCUCUGUGGUGCUCACUCUGGCUUUCCUUCCUCCUGCCUCUCUGCGUCGCUCCGGCCAGGCUGCCCACUGCUCAGCCCGCAGACUCUGUGUCCAGUGAGACAGCCUUCCUGGAGGACUAUGUCCUGGGCAUGGGGGACACCCUGGAAAUGUCAUGUGACCUGGAAGACCACUCAGAGCCAGUCGUCUGGUUCAAAGACGGCGCUGGGCUGGUGCCAAGCAACCGGACGCGGCUGGGCCAGAGGAUGUUACGCAUCAUCAACGUGUCGUACGAGGACUCGGGCGUCUACUCGUGUCGGCUCGCCCACAGCAACAAGCUGCUCAGCAACUACACCAUCCGGGUGACAGAUUCUCUGUCGUCUGGUGAUGAUGAAGAUUAUGACGAGGACCCAGAAGAUGCAGGUAAUGGAAAUGAAGCUCCAUAUUGGACCAGGCCCGACCGGAUGGACAAGAAGCUGCUGGCCGUUCCGGCCGCCAACACCGUCAAGUUCCGCUGUGCAGCGGCCGGAAACCCGAUGCCGAGCAUCCACUGGCUGAAGAACGGCAAAGAGUUCAAGGGAGAGCAGAGGAUGGGAGGCAUCAAGCUGAGACACCAGCAGUGGAGUCUGGUGAUGGAGAGCGCUGUGCCGUCAGACCGGGGAAACUACACCUGCGUGGUGCAGAACAAGUACGGCGCCAUCUCCCACACCUACCAGCUGGAUGUUUUAGAGCGUUCGCCACACAGGCCCAUCCUCCAGGCAGGCCUGCCAGCCAAUCAGACGGUGGUGGUGGGCAGCGACGUUGAGUUUCACUGUAAGGUCUACAGCGACGCCCAGCCGCACAUCCAGUGGCUGAAACACAUCGAGGUCAACGGCAGCCGCUACGGCCCCGACGGCGUUCCCUACGUCAACAUCCUGAAGAGUGUUGUCAGUAAACACACUGAGGCCCACACUAAGUUGAAACUGUCCAACGUGACAGAGAAAGAUGGCGGGAAGUACUGGUGUCGCGCCUCAAACUUUGUAGGAAAGUCGGAAAAUGCUUUCUGGCUUAAGGUACACAAAGCAGCAGUGAGCCCGGAGAAGGAGGACUACUACGCCGACAUCCUCAUCUACGUGACGGGCUGCGUGCUCUUCAUCCUCGCCGUGGUCAUCGUCAUCCUUUGCCGCAUGCGGAUGACGACGCAGAAGACGCUGCCGACGCCGCCCGUGCAGAAACUGUCAAAGUUCCCCCUCAAGAGACAGCAGGUGUCCUUGGAUUCCAACUCCUCCAUGAACUCCAACACGCCAUUGGUCAGGAUCGCCCGGCUGUCGUCCAGCGACGGGCCAAUGCUCGCCAACGUCUCAGAGCUGGAGCUGCCCUCCGAUCCCAAAUGGGAGUUUCCUCGAACACGACUCACUCUGGGUAAACCUCUGGGCGAGGGCUGCUUCGGGCAGGUGGUGAUGGCCGAGGCCGUCGGCAUCGACAAAGAGAAGCCCAACAAGCCGCUCACUGUUGCUGUGAAAAUGCUGAAAGAUGACGCCACAGAUAAAGAUUUGUCAGACCUGGUGUCAGAGAUGGAGAUGAUGAAGAUGAUCGGGAAACACAAAAACAUUAUCAACCUGCUGGGAGCGUGCACGCAGGACGGUCCUCUGUACGUCCUGGUGGAAUACGCCUCUAAAGGCAACCUGAGGGAGUACCUGCGGGCGCGCCGGCCGCCGGGCAUGGACUACUCCUUCGACACCUGCAAAAUCCCAGACGAGCAGCUCACCUUCAAAGACCUGGUGUCCUGCGCCUACCAGGUGGCCCGAGGCAUGGAGUACCUCGCCUCGCAGAAGUGUAUCCACAGAGACCUGGCUGCCAGAAACGUCCUUGUGACGGAGGACAAUGUUAUGAAGAUCGCCGACUUCGGUCUCGCCAGAGACGUGCACAAUAUAGACUACUACAAAAAGACCACGAACGGUCGUCUGCCCGUGAAAUGGAUGGCUCCGGAGGCUCUGUUCGACCGGGUCUACACGCACCAGAGCGACGUGUGGUCCUAUGGGGUGUUGCUGUGGGAGAUCUUCACCCUGGGAGGCUCGCCGUACCCUGGAAUCCCAGUGGAGGAGCUCUUUAAACUGCUGAAGGAGGGACAUCGGAUGGACAAACCUGCCAACUGCACCCACGAGCUGUACAUGAUCAUGAGGGAGUGCUGGCAUGCCGUACCGUCACAGAGACCGACCUUCAGACAGCUGGUAGAAGAUCACGACCGGGUUUUAUCAAUGACCUCCACUGAUGAGUACCUGGACCUGGCGGUGCCCUUCGAGCAGUACUCGCCCACCUGUCAGGACUCCAACAGCACCUGCUCCUCGGGAGACGACUCUGUUUUCGCCCACGACCCGCUGCCUGACGAGCCCUGUCUUCCCAAACAGCUCCCCAGCAACGGGGUGAUUAGGACAUAAAACCCGAGCUCGGGGGAGGGGGGGUUGGACUUUAACCUCCACCUCACAGUCUGUGACACCUCUCAGUGACUCAAGCUCCUCAAGAUAUGGAAAAGAAAACUCUGCAUGCAAUACUUCCACAGUGCUUCAGCUCUUCGAUUCGUCUUAAACUCUUGGUCGAAAUCCUCUUUGACUGAGUUUUCUUCGAGAGACUCUUGAAACAUUGAAGGAUUAUUUUUUGCCGUUGAACCGUGUUUUGUGUCCUUCUUUUCACAAAUGAAAUUAUAUUUUUGUACUUGGGCCAGUCUUUUGUUACGGACAGUCUGUGGGGUGAAACCAUUCCGUGCCUACCUGGGACAGAAACCUCCUGAGAUUGACAAAGAAAGAGACAAAAAGAACACAAGAGGCGGGAGUGAAGGGCAUUGGGCCGCGACUGGUUGGUGAUCCAGUAGGCGAGGACCUCAGAUUUUUAUCCUCUCGUCUGCACGGAGCCCUCAGGUCGCGUUAGAAGUUUGCGAUCAUAAAGAAAAUCCAUUAAGAUACCAGCAAAGUCAACUCAGUGAUGGGACUCGUUCUUCCGAAGACAACAGAGAGGACUACAUGAGCAUAUAAAUGUGUUUUCUCGUGGAUUUGUACACCAUUGUCACCUUUCAGCAUCCCGAACAAAAGUUGCGAUAAUCACAGAACAAAUUCCUCAUCGAACAUGAGGCGAAGUUUCAGGGCCAUUCGGUAAUUAAUACAGGAAGGUUCGGAGGGUUUUUUCUUAUGUAACUAGAAAAUGAUUUAUUGUAAAUAUUUAAAUGCAAAUAUGUAUCAUAUUGCUGUCCACAGCCAUGUACUUAAAAAACAAAAAAAAUUACUUUUUUUUUUUUUAAAGUAUUGUUUUAGGUUGGAAGCAUUGCAAUCUAGAAGACACUGUCAUGAAAGUGUAAAUCAUUUAAUCGUUUAAAGUGAAACAGAAAAGGUUUAUUUGAAUAAUUAACGUGUAUAUUUGUAAAGAUAUUUAUAGACUUAACAUGUGGUUCUUAAGUUCGAAAGGUCUAGUUUAGGAUUUUAGUACUGUACGCAAAGAUUUUUAUUUCACUUUUUUUUUGUUUGUUUGUUUUUGUAAUUUAUUUUACGACAGAACUCCGACGUUAUUCUUCACAACUGGCAGACUCCUCUGGUUUUUGAUCCAUCUUUUUUGUUUGUUUGUAUUUUUUUUGUUUGUUUUUGUUCGUUUACAGUUUCAAAAAACAAGAAUGUACGACCGACGAGUGCGACUCGACCACCAGAGGAGGACUCGUGAACCACUGGCUCCUGCAGAAGGAAGCCGGAGUUCAAAUUCUGGUUUGAAAAGUUGACGUUUGCGAUAUGAAAGCAACGAUUUAACUCUUGCUGGGCAAGAAAUAGCAGCGCUUCAAGAUGUGUACCAGAGAGGCCUUUUGGUAGAAGUGAAGCACUCAAAGACGUAUUUAACAUCAACAACAACCAGCUCUGAAUCGCACAAAAAGCCUUCAGAGAACCUUAGCAGCCCGUUAAAGGAAAAAAUCCUCCUACUGAUGCUGUUUCACUGAUCGGUGUGUCAACGCUCGAUGGAUUCCAGGAUGGCUCUUUGCUUCCUGGUUUACUACACGUACAAAAUAUUCACUUUCCAACAUUUCAUUUGUGUAAAAUGCAUGCGACGUAGUGCUUCCCAAAGUCUCCGCAGUGGUGACCCAAGAAAAUCUUGAGAUGUUAGAAUAGUCAGUUUCAAAUCCAGAAGCGACUCUUGUCAUGAACUACAUUUCCCCAAAUGCUUUGCAGCAGUCAUUAGAGAACGCACUUAAACUUUUAUUGAGAAAAAAUAUGAAAACGUGUGAGGCAACUAGUGUAGAAAUAUAUUUUUAAGGCCAAAUUGGCAAAAAAAAAAUGAACGUGAAGGUUGCAUUGCUUUACCGGAACUGACUCAGCUUUAGUUGCAAUGCAUUUUGGGAGUUUGAGUACAGUAACAGUGUGACACUGGACUAUGAUUGAACAUCCCUGCUACUUAAUAUACAAGAAUAAAUUAAAUACACCUAAUGAUGAAAACUGACAGAAAUUCAAAGUACGUCACCUGUAUGUGGUGGGUUUUUUUCUCUUAAAGGUCUCUCUAAAGGCUUCGGUCGUAACAGAAAGGUCACAGGGUCGACGUCAGCUAGCUGUGUCCGGAGUGCUCUUGAGCAGGACGCGCGGGAUCUGUGUGCACACUCAUGUAUAAAAACAUCAGCUUGAAGGCAGAAAUCUAAAGCUGUUAUGUCCUUUUGUGCUCAAGUGAUACAAGCCCAGAAGCUUGAGAUUUUAUCGCUGCUCUAUAGUAUUAAUUCAGAAAUGAAGGCAUGCUGUGCGACUUUCAGCUCACUCAGCACAAAAGAGAAAGUAUAUAUACAGUAUAUAUAAAUAUAAAUAUAUAUCGGUUUGUUCAAGGAGAAGUCUGUGGUGGAUCCUUCUUCAAGUUUAGUUUGCUUAAGAAAACAGUGCCAAAUUAGUCUUAAAAGUCUGUUUCACCGAGUUCUCCAGAUCUCUGAACCAAAUACUGCACUGUCGAAUGUAGGCGGGCGGAGGUCACAUGUGCAGCGAAGGAUCAUGGGAUUGUCGAAUGGAUAUCUCCCCUUCCUUUCAUGCAGUCGUCUCUCUAGCUGACCCCAAAAAAGCGCAAGGGUUGAAAUGUUUACAGUCUGUUUUUAGCAAAGUCACAAAAGGGAAAGCGACGAAGCGAAGUGGCAUUGAAGGGUUCAGAAACAUGAUUCACUCGCUGCUAAACGGAAACGGUGGCAACACUUUGCUGUGCAGUGGACUGAGUUUGUGGAGAGAGAUGUAAUGUAUUUAUCCAACAAGACUGUGUCAGUACUGCGAAAUCUCCCCAAUAUUUAAAGUACUUAAAAGAGUGAAAAUUUGUAUUUAAUUGAAGUGCUACACUGGGAGAUUUUUUUGUGGUUUUUAUUAGCAUCAAAUGAGUUCUUUUUCAUUGGUUUAUGCACAGAAACAAGGUCUUUGUAAAGUGAAAUGUUACACAGUUAUUGUCAUUUCUGUUUUCACUACAGUUUUACAGUUUUGGCCCGAAUCUGCUAUGAAGUGCCUGAAAUGAUUAAGCGAACAGAAAGGAGAUGAAUUGAUUGAUUUUUGACCAGGUUUUGAAUGUAUAAAAUGUAUAAAAGCCCAUAAAAAUAGACAAGCAGUUCAGACUAAGAGCAGGCUAUGUGCAUAUUAGCCAGAUUUCUUUUUUCUCAAGUGAACAAGACAGACAAAAAGGCACUUGUGUAAAGGUUGGAUGGAUCUGAUGAAACGGAUGGUGUUUUGUUUUAUUUAUUCUUCCAUGCUGGGUAAAAGCUUUCCCUAUGGUGAGAGUAUUUUUAUUCAUAGCUAUCUCUUUUUCAGUGUUGGUUUUCAUUAAAGAGCCAGAAGAUGAUGAUAAUGGUGAUGUAGAGUAGUCAUUUUACCAGAUACUGAUGCCCCCAUCAGGCUUAGCUCCUGGCUUAAUUUAUCCUUUGUUUUAUUUUAUUUUGUUUUAUUUUAUUUGGAUGCCCUCCCUUUGCUUUUUUUUUCUGAAUCCUUGU